AUGGCAAGCCGCGGAGAGUUGCUCUAUCCUGAGGUCGAUCGGGUGUUCCUGGAACCUUAUCUUCCUGUGAACGACUCUCAGUCAGCAAAAUCAGGCUUGCCCUUUGUUACACUCACUUUUGCAACAUCACUGGAUUCGGCACUGUCUCUGGCUCCUGGUGUACAGACAGCAUUGUCAGGCCCACAGUCGAAAGCCAUGACCCAUUAUCUCCGCUGUAGGCAUGAUGCUAUCAUGGUCGGUGUAGGCACUGCGAUUGCAGACAACCCCAGCUUGAAUUGCAGAAUACAAGGCAUCGGUGGUUACGGUAGUGAAGGCUUGGAUGGCCAGCCUCGGCCUGUUGUUGUCGACCCUCAGGGAAGAUGGCAGCUGACUUCAGAGACCAAGAUUCUCAAUCUUGCCAGACAGGGACGAGGUAAAGCGCCAUGGAUUGUGACUUCAAAGACGCCAAGUGCAGACAAUGCGAAAUUGCUGGAAGAAGUUGGCGGAUGUUACAUUGUGCUCGAGCCACAAGUAUCUAAGAACAAGACUUCUAUCGCUUGGCUCGAUAUACUGGAGACUAUCAAGGCGAGAGGCAUUCAAAGUAUCAUGAUCGAGGGCGGUGGGGUCAUCAUCAACUCGCUUCUAUCGACAGAGAAUGCAGACUUGAUCAACUCGGUCAUUGUGACCAUCGCACCUACCUGGCUUGGUCAAGGUGGCGUUGUCGUGUCUCCGCCCAGAUCAGAAGGUAGCACUCUGCCGGUCGCUCGCCUUCAGCAGACAAAGUGGCAGCAACUCGGUGAUGAUGUCGUUCUUUGCGGAACUUUGAGGGCUUGA